AUGUCACAGCAACUCAAGACGCAACUUGAGCAUGCUGGAGUGGAGCAAGACACCGCAUACUACAUCGGACGGUAUACGAUCUCUGGGUUGCAGUACGGCUGUCUUGCGGCUACACCGUUGUACCUCAUCCAAGUAGCACGUGGACGCGGACGUGGGUUUUCGGUUCGGUCGCUAGCACGAUACAACUGGACCGUCCCUCUCACGGGAGCGUGUGCAGGAUCGGUUGGGGGGUAUGCUACUGCGAGCCAACUCGACCACGCUUCUCUUUCGGCCAAGUCUUCGCAUCUGCGCCUAGACGCAGCCAGGGUUAGACAGGACGAUCUGCACUUGAUCGGCAGCGUUAUUGGCGCACUCGUACUUCCGGCGGUGCUGCUCACUAGAGUCGGUCUUGUCAACGGCCUGUUGGGUGGUGCAGGCGUCGGUGGAAGCAUCGGCUUGCUCACCAACUACGUCCAGAAAUUCAACAGUCCUGCCGACGCCAUCGCUAACAUCCAGAGCGAAACCAAGCAUGCCUGGGAUUCCGCAACGAACAGCGCAAACGACAUCAAACACGCCGCUCGCAAAUCGCUCUAA